AUGGUUCCCAUAGGUACUGAAGUAUUUUACUUGCAUUUGUUGUUGACUCAUGUCGAGGCACCAACUUCAUUUGAGGACCUACUUUGUUUUCAUGAUAUAGUGCAUCCAACGUACAAGGCCGCUUGUAUUGCAAGAGGACUUUUACAAGAUGAUUCUGAAUGGAAAAAUUGUCUGCAAGAGGCAACUGUCAUUGCGUUGCCUAAACAAGUUCGGCGGUUGUUUGCAACACUUCUUGUGUUUGGACAACCGCUAGAUCCUCUUAGCUUACUAAAGACACAUCUUGAUGCUAUGUCUGAUGAUUGGCGCAAUGAUCAAAAUCGCUAUUGCAAAGCAAUUUUGUCCAUUGAAGAAUAUUUGUCAUCAUCAGACAAACAUCUUACAGAUUUUUUUAAUAUUGAAGAAUUGAAUGAGUUUGGUUAUUCAAACAUUGUUGAUGUUGGCGGUGAUUCCAAUGACAAUAUUGAUUUUGAUAACCAAAACAUUACUUUUCUAGAGGAGGAUGUAGGUAGGCUCAACGAAGAACAAUACAUUAUUUUUAAUGCGGUGACCACUGCCGUUUUAAAUUCAGAUUCUCCAGAUCGGCUUUUCUUUUUAGAUGGUCGUGGUAGUACAGGUAAGACCUUUUUGUAUAACACCAUAUUGGGUUAUCUUCGUGGUCGUAAUGUCAAGUGUAUGGCAAUGGCAACAAGUGGAAUUGCCGCAUGCCUUUUGAAUGAAGGGCGAACGGCACAUUCAGCUCUUGUUAUUCUUUUACAGUUGCACGAUGCAUCAAUUUGUAACAUUAGUGCCCAGUCUACAUUAGGUCAAAGCUUACAUGAAGUACAAUUGAUUGUACUUGAUGAAGCUUGUGCUGGGCAUCGUAUUAUGUUUGAAGCAAUAGACAGAUCAUUGCAAGAUAUACGCAAUAUAGAUAGUCCAAAUGGUGGUGUUGUAGUAUUAUAUGGCGGUGAUUUUCGCCAAACUUUGCCUGUAGUUGUACGUGGAGGUCGCAAGCAAACUGUUCAAGCUUGCUUGCGACAUUCAUACCUAUUUCGACUAAUGCAACAUUUUCAUUUGAACACUAACAUGCGUUUGCAAAGUCAACCGGACUUUCAACGAUUUUUGUUAGAUAUUGGUGAGGGCAAAACCGGUCCAAAGGUAGAUUUACCGCUAGGAUUAGUUGCUCCUAGAAAUUCUUUAGAUGGUCUCAUUGAUGCUAUUUUUGAUGAUCCGGUUGAUUUUUCUGAGCGCGUCAUUUUGGCUGUCCGGAAUGAUGAUGCCCAAGAAAUCAACCGAAAAAUCACCGAUCGUAUACCUGGUGAUGUGCAUCAAUGUUUUAGUGCUGAUUUUGUUCACAAGAAUGAUGAACAUGCCCAUCAUUACCCAGUAGAGUUUUUGAAUUCUUUACAAUUGAGCGGUUUGCCUCCUCACCAAUUAAGUCUUAAAUGUGGCCAAUAUUUGAUGUUGCUAAGGAACUUGAAUCCGGCAAAAGGUUUGUGCAAUGGUAGUCGUUUGCGUCUUUUGCAAGUGUCUUCUAGUGUGUUGUUAUGUGAAAUUGUAAAAGGACGCUAUUGUAGCCAAGAGGUAUUGAUUCCUAGAAUCACACAUCAUUGCAACGAUAGCCGCUUGCCAUUCACACUUUGCCGGAGACAAUUUCCUGUCACUGGUGCUUUUGCCAUGACAAUCAACAAAUCGCAGGGCCAAUCAUAUGAUCGAGUUGGCAUUUAUCUUCGCAAUGAAGUAUUUAGCCAUGGUCAAUUAUAUGUGGCAUUGUCUCGUGGUAGACAUCCUGCAAACAUUAAGGUUGCCAAUGACAACAAUGAAGCCGUGGGAACGGUUAAAAACAUUGUUUAUCAUGAGGUUUUUACAUGA